CUUCGAUAAUUUUGUCAGAACGUCACAUAUCAACACCGCAUCGCAAUGCCUCCUUGUCAAAAGGCCGUAGGGCCAAUGGCACGAUGCCUACAGAAAACUCCGUCAUUAUGUCUAUCUGCAAGAUCAAUACGAACGUUUACGAGCUCCACGACAUUCAAUGCAGAAGCUGCAGUUCAGGAAGCAGCACCAGCUGGUCUCGACCCGGCGACUGUUGUAAGGCCAGAAAAUGAACGGAAGUUGAUGAGGCAGGGUAUUAUGCCCAUAGGAUCCAGACGUCGUCGCGCGGCGUUGAAGAGUUCUGCCAAUAUUCCGUUUGAACAACUACCAUAUCAAUGUUUCCAGGAAGCUCGAAAGAUCUUACAAGCGGACAGAGAGGAAAAGUUAGAAAUGAUCGCGAAGGAGAGAUUGAGGCUCAAGAACUUGGAGGCACAGGAUGCUUCAAUUAGCGGGGGUGAGAGGCAGAAACAGACCAGACUGGAUAGUAUAAGGAGGUAUAUCGAGUAUUUAAAGAUCCAGGCAGACAUCAAUGAUCCUUUGAUCAAGAAGCGAUUUGAGGAUGGUGAAGGUAUGGAAAUUGCAAAAGUUGUUGCUUUCUGUUGCAUUGCUAAAUUUCUUAGGUGAUAUGAACAAACCUAUCUACCGCUACCUAGCAGAUCGAAAAUGGCGCGAUUAUCAACGCAAAGUGAUUGUUCAACGUAUAGAGCAAUUUUCGAUUGUCCCUGAUCUUCUUCCUCAUUUCGAACCUACCGCCGAAGUCCGUCUCGCUUUCCAAAGCCGAAAUGUUCAACCGGGAGACUAUGUGGAUUCUAGAGUCAGUGAAUUUCCAGCUAGAUUAAAGGUCCAGGUCUUUGACAAAGGAGAGAGACUCGUCAGUGUGGUGGUUGUGGAUGCAGAUGUUCCGAAUGUGGAGAACGAUCACUUUAACACGAGAUGUCAUUAUCUCGCUGCCAAUAUUCCAGUCUCCCCAGUACAAGACUCAUUACCGCUAUCUAAAGCCAACCCAGAAAGCCAAUUAAUCCUCCCAUGGCUACCACCUUUCGCGCAAAAAGGAUCACCAUAUCACCGAUACUCGAUUUUCGUAUUGGAGCAAAAGCCAGGACAAAUUCUGGACGUGGCAGCACUAAAAGAAUUUUAUCAGCGUGAUCGAUUCAACUUGAGGGGUUUCAAGGAUAGACAUGAUGUACAACCCAUAGGAUUGGGACUCUUCAGAAGUGAAUGGGAUGAGGGUACUAAGGGAGUUAUGCAGAGAGCAGGAAUCGAAGGAUGGGAUCUUGAGUUCAAGAGGACGAGAAUCCCAGCGCUGAAACCAAAACAGAAGGCUAGAGGUUGGGAGGCUCGUCAUGCUAGUGAUAAGUAUAAGCCUUUGAGGAGAUAAUAUUUAUGAUAGCUUAAAAAUUGUAUCAUAUUUGUAAUAUCUGCUGAACUUUGGUCUUCA